CCGGUUGUGCGUGUGCGUGUUCUACGAUCGUUCUUGCGAUCGCGCGAUAGAAAAUGACCGUUGACGAGAAACAGCCAGUGGCUGACAAUGGCGAGUCCUCGCCGGCACCAUCGCAAUACGCCUCCGUCAACGAGCGCAAGUUGAUGGCCAAGAUUGACUGGCAUGUGGUGCCGUGUCUUUGCGUCAUGUAUCUGCUUGCAUUUUUGGAUCGCGUCAAUGUCAGUAACGCGGCCAUUUUGGGUCUCAAAUCCGACUUGAAUAUUGAGUCCGGAACCAAAUAUAACACUGCCCUUACCAUCUUCUUUGUCCCCUACAUCAUCUUCGAAAUUCCGUCCAACGUGUUAAUGAAGAAGUUGAAGCCGCACACAUGGUUGUCGCUGUGUAUGUUUGGCUUCGGCCUGGUCAUGGUCUGCCAGGGUUUGGUACAGAAUUGGGGAGGAUUGAUGACAACGCGCUGGUUCCUGGGCAUGUUCGAGACCGGCCUCUUUCCUGGGUGCUUCUACCUGCUGGGCAUGUGGUAUAAGCGCAGUGAAGCCCAGAAGCGCUUCAGUUUCUUCUUCAGCUCGACGACUCUCGCCGGUGCCUUUGGUGGCUUGCUCGCCUACGGUUUGGGACAGAUGGACGGCCUCCGAGGAUACAGUGGAUGGCGAUGGGUGUUUAUCAUCGAGGGUGUUCUGACCUGUGUGGUGGCCAUUGGCUGUUUCUUCGUGGUUCCCGACUUCCCCGAAGACGCCAAAUGGCUGACGGAGGAAGAGCGGGCAUUUCUGCGCGACAAGCUGGCGAAGGAUGUUGGAAAGCCGGCUGCCGAUGCUAGUAUGACCUGGCGUGAUAUUGCUGCUGUCUUCAAGGACUACAAGAUCUUCAUCGGUGGCUUGAUGUACUUUGGACAGGUGGUUACAGCCUAUGGUUACGCCUACUUUGCGCCGACCAUUAUCCAGACCUACGGCUACAGUUCGGUCAAAACCCAGCUCUACUCCAUCCCACCCUGGGCCGCCUCGUUCGGUUUCUCCAUGCUCAUCGCAUACCUCUCUGAUAAAUUCCGCCAUCGCUUCCUGUUUACUAUCAUCCCGAUGUUGGUAGCCAUGGCCGGAUUCGGUAUCCUGCUCAACAUCCACGACACCUCACAAUACCAUGUUCAAUACGGCGCGCUGUUCCUGGUGACCAGCGGCUGCUACAGCGCGAUGCCAGUAUUAGUCUGCUGGUUCGCGAUGAACCUUGGUGGCCAUCGUCGACGCAGUAUAGGAACGGCGUGGCAGAUUGGUUUUGGCAACAUUGGCGGAAUCAUCUCCACCUACUCCUUCCUCUCGAAAGAUGCCCCCUUCUACCGUCCUGGAUACAGCAUCGGCGUAUCCUUCCUUGCCUUUUCCGCCGCCAUGUCAAUCCUCUACUUCCUAGCGGUGUGGCACGACAACAAGAAACGCGACCGCGCGAUUGCCGAGGGUCGCAUCGAUCCGUCGACCAUCACGGAGGAAGAGGAAGAAAUGCUGGGCGAUAUGUCGCCGACGUACCGUUACGCUUAUUGAUGUGUUUGCUUAUUUACUUGCUUACUUGCUUGCUUACGAGGGAAUGAGUGACUGAGACAAUAAUUACUACUAUUAAAUUUUGGGUUAGAAUAGUUACAAGGACAGGUUAGGUCUC